AUGGCCUCGGCUCUCGCGAAGCACCCUGCUAUACUGCAUGCUGCUGCCACUGCCACUGCUGCCUGUGAUGAAGAUACGGGAACCGUCGGGAACCCGAGGCUUGAGAAGCUCUUGGUGGCUGUUGCCACGCCGCUGCUGGCGGCGAUGCACUCGCCACCGCAGGCGCCUCUCUGCGCGCCCGCACCGCCUCAGGCGCAUCUCUGUGCGCCCUCACCCGCGCUGAGCCGGGUACCCAGAGUCUUUAGAGGUGUAGAGCACGAGCUCGCAGAGCAGGAGCAGGUGUUGAAAACAGACCCGUGUCUAAAGUCACGAUAUCAAACAUGUUAA